AAAAAAAAAAAACUCUUCACCAUCUUUUCACUCUCUGUAUUAGAAAAACAGUAAAAGAGAAAAGAUGGAUUGUCCAAAAGGAUUUCCAGUGAUAGGAAACUUCAAACUUAAAAAUCAGUUGAAUCAUCGUGGUUUGGCCGAGUUAGCUAAACAAUUUGGUGGUCUUCUACAUCUUCAAAUGGGUAAAAUUCAUAUUGUAGCCGUUUCUACCGCUGACAUGGCACGAGAAAUUCUUCAGGUUCAAGAUGUGGUUUUUGCAAAUCGGCCAGCUAACGUGGCGAUUUCAUAUCUUACAUACAACCGGGCGGAUAUGGCGUUUGCUAACUACGGUCCACUUUGGCGUCAAAUGAGAAAGAUUUGCGUUAUGAAGCUCUUUAGCAGAAAGCGGGCCGAAUCAUGGGCCUCAGUACGAGAAGAAAUUGAUUCAAUGAUUCAAACACUGACCAACCAAACCGGUUCACUGGUUAACGUGGGAGAGUUGGUUUUUGCUUUGACGCGGAAUAUAACCUACAGAGCUGCGUUUGGCUCGUUCGCUCGCGACGGUCAAGACGAAUUCGUCAAGAUACUACAAGAGUUCUCUAAGCUCUUUGGUGCAUUUGAUAUCACAGAGUUUUUACCGUGGAUGAAAUGGUUUGGUAACCACGGUUUCAACAAGCGGUUAGAAAACGCUAGGAAAUCAUUGGAUGGGUUCAUAGAUAGAAUCAUCGAUGCACAUAUCAAAAAGAAGAAAUCGCGAAAACCCGACGAUGAUGGCUUGGACGAUGACAUGGUCGAUGAACUAAUGGCGUUUUAUAACGGUGAAAAUGACAGUAAAUCUAAUAUUGAUUCACAAUCAUCAAUCAGGCUCACAAGAGAUAACAUCAAAGCCCUCGUCAUGGUAAUAAUACAACUAGAUUAGUAUUACAAACCAUAUGUUAAAAUUUUAUAAUAAUGUCAUUUUAAUUGA